AUGCACCGCUACGCCCGCUAUAUCCUCUUCACCCUUAUCACCCCACUCACCCCUCAACGCGGAGCCGCCACUCCGGCAUUACCGAAUCAUCUAGUCGCUCCCUGCGAUCGCAGUGAAAGGUUCAUAUCGAGCAAACAGCACCAGGCCACGGCACAUGAAUCCACCAUUUCGUACCGAUUCCCAUUGUCAUCUGGGAGUCCAUCCCCUCCCCCCAUCAUACCAUCGUCGCCCGAUCUGGCGCAUCAAAACCAACCCAGGCCCUCCAACCCCUACCUUGCCCUCCCGCCGCCUGAAGACGAGAUCCCCAACCUUGGCGAGUUACCCUCCAAACAACCACCCUCCCCUCCACCUACCGCACCUGCUCCUACCAUGUCAGGACAUCACCGCAUCACCCUCGCCGCCAACCCCCCCUACUUCGAUGGCGACAAGUCCAAAUACCUGGGCUUUGUGGACGCGUGCACCACUUACAUCGGUGCCUAUCGAUCGGAGUUCUCACUGGAUGAGACAAAAAUCCUCUUUGUUCUGUCCUACCUCCGAAUGAAGGCGGGAGUCACCGCGACAACCUUCCUGGAGGAGCUCCAGAGAGCCUUUGGGGAUUCUAACGCAGAACAAGUCGCCGCCGCCCAACUCAUGGCCCUUUGCCAGGGGAGACGGUCCUUCGCAGACUACAUCUCUGACUUCAAAAUGCUGGCUGCGGACGUGGGGUACAACGUGGUCACCUCGACCGAUGACAAGGGCGAGUACAAGAAGGGGGAUCAGGACAACAUCCUCAUCGAGUUCCUCGAACGCGGACUCAGCAGCGAAAUAGCAAGCCGCCUCUACAACACCGGCGUCCCCCUGCCCAAGGCAUAUGGUGCCUUCAAGAACUGGUGUGUCAACAUCGAGGCCAAUGCUUUGCGCGAUCAGCUGCGUAAAGCCUCCUAUGCGCACUCAACUCCGCGGCCCCCCCCCCAAUUCCGCCCUCAGGCUGCACCAUCAGCACCUGCACCCGCUCCGGCCCGACCAGCAGCCAAUGAGCCGGUUCCGAUGGAGAUCGAUUGCACCCACGCCCGCGGCCGCAAUAUCAUCUGCUACAACUGUCAGCAGCCUGGGCACAUUGCGCAGAACUGCCCUGAGCCCAAGAAGAAGUGCACGUUCUUCAAUCGGGCCACAAUGCUUGAAGAGAUCAAGAACGGGGACAAGGACAACGAGUUCCUCAAGGAGAUUGCCGAGAAGCUGCGCGAGAAGGGUUUUUGA